AUGCCUACCAAUAAGGACCGUCUCAAAAGUAAAUUCAGUAAAGCAGAGCGUAGGCGGAGGAAUAAGGAAGGGGAGACGGCCGUCAUGCUCGCAUCCAGUAGCAGUAUCGUCGACAAGUAUUCAACAUGGCCCAGAGAAGCUUUGGUACAAAGAAUCAGAGAAUUGGAGGCCGCAAAAGGCACGAUAACAGCGUCAUCAUCGUCCAUAUCAGUUAUUCCUGCACAUUUGACAGGAUCAGAGACGACUUCCGGCGCAGACACUCCUUCUUCCCAACCAGAUUCACCAGCACAAUCCUUUUCUUCUAUCGAGACCCCAAAGCGCAAGGACAGACGGCCGUUUGAUUUUUCGAAAUAUGCAAAGCGGCAUGUGGCUUUCAAGAUCGCUUACUUUGGCUGGCCUUAUGCUGGCUUUGCAUCUCAGGGCGCGGUUGAUGUCAAGACUGUCGAAUCUGAAUUAUUCAACGCACUUUUGGCGGCUAGGAUUAUUGAAGAUCCACAGAACUGCAACUAUUCACGCUGUGGGAGAACGGACCGAGGAGUUAGUGGACUGGGACAGGUUAUUGCUUUGACAGUCCGGUCCGCCCUACCGAAGAGUUCGCCUUAUGUAAUCCGCUCUGAGGGCGAUGGGUAUGAUCCCAAAGCAGAGGAAGAAAAAUCUGAAGGAUUAACUCAGGAGGAACUUGAGAGCAAAGCAGGCGUGUAUUACAAAAAUGGUGUCAAACGGAACAAGGAUGGAAGUGUUUUUGGAGAGUUGGCUUAUCUCAAUAUUGUCAAUAGGCUUUUACCCCCCGAUAUCCGCAUUGUUGCAUGGGCACCUGUUCCCGAGGAUUUUAAUGCUCGAUUCCAUUGUGCCUGGCGUGAAUACAAAUAUUUCUUUCCAAAGGGUAUCAUUGACAUUGAUCGGAUGCGAACAGCAGCGACCAAGUUUCUGGGCACACAUGAUUUCCGCAAUUUUUGCAAGUAUGAUUCCUCCAAAACGAUUGUGAACUAUGAUAGAACUAUUAUGGCCAUCUCGAUCGAUACUGUUCCUGAACAUGAGUUCCCAAUGACUCAAGGUCGUGAAUUUUAUCAGCUGACGCUCAGAGGGUCAGCAUUCUUGUGGCAUCAGGUGCGAUGUAUGAUGGCUGUGUUAUUUGCAGUUGGACAAGGUUUAGAGGAGCCUGAGGUGAUUGAUCAAAUGAUGGAUAUUAAACAAUGUCCUGCAAAGCCCAAUUACGACAUGGCUUCUGAUCUGCCUCUUGUGUUCUACGACUGUCAUUUUGAGAAUGUUGAAUGGCAAUAUCAGAACGAGGUUGAUCUGGUGAGCGAUAUUACACCGUUACGUCUGUAUCGGGCAAUGGAGGAUCAAUGGUCAUGUUAUGUGACCAAGUCAUUGAUGUAUUCGAGGAUGUUGCAACAAUUAGACAAGGCCAUGCUGCAUAAUCUUCCAGAGAGAGGAGAUAUGACCUUGUUAGGCGAAUACGCUCAACGAAAUGCCGCUAAAGAAAACAAUAUUUCGCUUGGUGGUGAUCUACGCAUGUUUAUGGGCAAGAAGUACGCUACUCUUAUGCAACGUCAAAAAUGCCUUCCUACAGAGGUGAAGAAUAAGAGACACCAAGAAAAAAAACGACUGAAGUUGAGUUUGACAGGGAAUACUAGUGAGAACAAUAGUGCGAAUAAUAGUGAGAUGGAUUCUCCAAUGCCCUUGAUGUCUACACUAAGCACUGAGCAACCUAUUGCUGCAACCAAGUCACCCAUAUCAACCGAUUUAAAAGAGUAA